AUGGUGCUGUUUCCGUCACCUUCGCCACCGGGGGGCGAUGUUACGCCGUUCCGGUGGCUGAGGGAGACGAUGAACUCAGAAGAAAGAGGUCUGAGUUUAAUCAGUCUUCUUGUGGGUUGUGCUGGUCACAUUUCUUCUGGUAAUUUCGAUAAUGCCAUGGCUUUACUUGUACAAAUAGACCAUCUUGCUACUCUUGAUGGAGAUAGAAUGCAGAGGAUCGCUUGUUAUUUCAAUAAAGCUUUUGCGGAUCGAAUUCUUAAAAGUAGUUGGUCUGGAUAUGGAGCUUUGAAUUCAACAAACAGAACCUCUGUUUUUGAAGAUAUCCAAAUUCGAAGGUUGUUCUUCGAGUUAUGUCCAUUCUUAAGGAUUUCAUAUUCGAUCACUAACGAAGCCAUAAUAGAAGCUAUGGAAGGAGAGAAAAUGGUGCAUAUUGUAGAUCUUAAUUGUUUUGCUCCUGAUCAAUGGGUUAAUCUUCUUCAUUCUUUAAGAGCUCGACCGGAAGGACCACCGAUGUUGAGAAUCACCGGCGUUCAUGAACAACAAGAGGUUUUAAACUUAAUGGGUCGUCGGCUUAAAGAAGAAGCAGAUAGAUUAACCGUUCCGUUUCGCUUCAAUCCCAUCGCUUCUAAACUCGAACUUCUCGAUAUAGAAAGCUUGCACAAGUCCGGAGAAGCCCUCGCGAUUUGUUCCCUUCUUAAACUUAACUCUCUCCUUGCGUUGGAGGACACGAACUCGAACUCGACUUGCAGCCCGGGUUCGACAGCGUCCUCCUCGUCUUCUUCUUCGCCACUCCAGACGAGAAUGAUCGCGGGUUUUUUGAAUUCUCUUUAUGGGCUUUCUCCGAAAAUCUUGGUAAUGAUGGAGCAAGAAUGGAACGGAAACAACAAUGUUAACUUAGUGGAAAGAGUGGAGGAAUCGAUGAACUUCUACGGAGCUUUGUUCGAUUCGUUGGAGGCUAAUUUUCCGAGGAUGUCGCCGGAGAGGGAGAAGAUUGAGAAGAUGAUGUUCGGAGAGGAAAUCAAGAACAUUGUGGCUUGUGAGGGUGCGGAGAGAAGGGAGAGGCAUGAGAAGUUAGAGAGAUGGAUGCCGAGGUUAGAGUUGGGUGGAUUUUGGAAUGUUCCAUUUAAUUAUCAUGGAAGACUUCAAGCAAUGAGAUUGUUGCGUAGUUGUGGGUUUGAUGGGUUUGAUAUUAAAGAUCAAAAAGGUUGUUUGGUCAUUUGUUGGAAACAUAUUCCUCUCUAUUCCAUUUCUGCUUGGAGAUUAAGAUAUUCCGGUGAUACUCCGGCGAUUUACGGAUCACUCUCUUAGGGUUUUGACAACUUCUUGUUUUUGUUUUCUUAAAUAAGUCUAUAACUAAGAGCAGUUAUCCCAUCGAUAAAUGCAACCGAUCUUCCUGUUUCAAUGUCUUUGUUA